CUCGGGAGGAACCCGCGAGUGCGCUACUAGAGGCUGGCUCACCGGCGGGGCGGCGCUCGCUCCCUACGGCCAGCGGGGCGGCGCGCGCGACACGGGGCUCGCUCCCGAGAGGGCAGGUGGGGGCGCGGGGGUGGACACCCGGGUUGCGGUGGCCGGAGGCGCCUGGGCCGCGAGGUCGACGCCUGUGGCUGCAACGGCCCGAGGCCAGAGGACCCGCCGCGCGGCUCGGUCUCCGGAGAGGGAGGGCCCCGCUGUUGUCGCCGCCCGGCCGGUGCCCGGUGAAAUCAGUCCAGAGAAGUGAUGGGAUUUGCCCCUGGUCUCCCACCCAGCAAGCCAGCGCUGAUGAUGGGUGUUGGUGAACUGUGAAGGUGGUUCUCACUUGUCUAUGAAGGCGAAUUCUUUACCGUCUGAGCCACCAGUGGAUGAAAGAACAGCAGGCCUAAAGGAUGAGGGUAUUUGGGAGAUAAAAUGAAAUGACCUAUGCAGAGCCCUCGCCUAGCCCCAGGACAGAGUCCCUGGACUGCCAGGUUCCUUGCAGGGAGGUGGAGGACAAAUCCUACUGAGACCUGAGUGUGGCCUGGGGGCCCGGCCGCCCGUCCCAGAAUGCCCCUGCCCGAGCCCAGCGAGCAGGAGGGUGAGAGUGUGAAGGCCGGCCAGGAGCCCUCCCCUGAGCCCCCUGAGCCGGGCACAGAUGUCGUCCUCGAAGCCCCCACGAAGCCCAUGGAGUUCUCUGAACUGGUCCUCCUGGCGGCCUCCACUGAGAGUGGGGAUGGCGUGGACCCCCAGUCCGAAGAAGUGCACUGUGUCCUCACCCUGGAGAUGGCUGACCCUGACACCCUGGCUGGGACUCCCCAGAUCCUGCCAGUAGAAGAACAGCAUGGGGUGGUCCAGCCAAGGCCCCAGACCCAGGCACUGAAACCCAGCAAGCCAAACAUUGUUACCCAGCCCCUGGAGUUCCUGAGGACGCCGUUUGGGGGCCGCCUGCUGGUGCUGGAGUCCUUCCUGUACAAGCAGGAGAAGGCCGUGGGUGACAAGGUGUAUUGGAAGUGCCGCGAGCGCGGUGAGCUGGGCUGUCGAGCCCGGGCCAUCACCCGCGGCCCGCGCGCCACCAUCAUGCGGGGCCACUGCCACCCGCCCGACGAGGAGGGCCUGGAGGCCCGGCGCCAGAGGCAGAAGCUGCCCGGCCCGGCCCUGCCCGAAGGCUUGGCGGGUUCCCAGGGCCCCGGCAGCCGGGUGGAGGAGCCCCUAGAGGGGGCAGGCCCGUGGCUGUGCCCCGUGGAGCCAGAGCCGACCCCAGGCCCGCUGCUCAGCAACCCGGCCCUCGAGGAGGACGAGGGGCUCCGAGCCCUGGCGCUGCUGAGAUUGCCCCCGAAGAAACGCUCGACGCUGGGGAGCAGAGGGCCCCCGCCCCUGGAGUUCCUGAGGACCUGCUAUGGGGGCAGCUUCCUGGUGCACCAGUCCUUCUUGUACAAGCGGGAGAAGGCCGUGGGGGACAAGGUGUACUGGACGUGCCGGGACCACACGCAGCACGGCUGCCGCAGCCGGGCCAUCACCCAGGGCCAUCGGGUGACUGUCAUGCGGGGCCACUGCCACGCGCCCGACGUGGAAGGCCUGAAGGCCCGGCGGCAGCAGGAGCGGGCCAUGGCGGCGCUGCGGGCCCAGCCGGGCGGCCCUGGGGGCCCAGAGGACAAGCCGCUCCAAGGCGUGGACAGCCUGCUCUACCGCAGAGGGCCCGGGCCCCUGACUCUCACCAGGCCCCGGCCCAGGAAGCGCCCGACGGCCAACGACGAGGACCUCCCGGCUGAGCCCCAAGGCGAGGAGGACAAGGACGAGGACCCGGGAGGCCCCGAGUUCCUGAGGACCCCUCUGGGGGGCAGCUUCCUGGUGUACGAGUCCUUCCUCUACCGGCGGGAGAAGGCGGCCGGGGAGAAGGUGUACUGGACGUGCCGGGACCAGGCCCGCAUGGGCUGCCGCAGCCGCGCCAUCACCCAGGGCCGGCAGGUGACAGUGAUGCGAGGCCACUGCCACCCGCCCGACCUGGGGGGCCUGGAGGCGCUGCGGCAGCGGGAGAAACGCCCCGGCACAGCCCAGCGAGGAAGCCCAGGAGGCCCCGAGUUCCUGAGGACCCCUCUGGGGGGCAGCUUCCUGGUGUACGAGUCCUUCCUCUACCGGCGGGAGAAGGCGGCCGGGGAGAAGGUGUACUGGACAUGCCGGGACCAGGCCCGCAUGGGCUGCCGCAGCCGCGCCAUCACCCAGGGCCCGAGAGUCAUGGUGAUGCGCAGACACUGCCACCCGCCCGACCUGGGGGGCCUGGAGGCGCUGCGGCAGCGGGAGCAGCUCCCCAGCCCAGCCCAGAGGGAAGGCUCAGAAGCCCCCCAGCCCCUGGAGUUCCUGAGGACUUCCCUCGGAGGCCGGUUCCUGGUGUACGAGUCCUUCCUCUACAGGAAGGAGAAGGCGGCCGGGGAGAAGGUGUACUGGAUGUGCCGGGACCAGGCCCGUAAGGGCUGCCGCAGCCGCGCCAUCACCCAGGGCCCACAGGUGACCAUCAUGCGCAGCCACUGCCACCCGCCCGACCUGGCGGGCCUGGAGGCGCUGCGGCAGCGGGAGCGGCUCCCCAGCCCGGCCCAGCAGGAGGACCCAGAAAAGGUAAAACUUCUGCCUGAAGUUCAACUGUGCUUUGAGACGUGUGCUCCUGAAUGCCAGCAGAGCUAUGGAAAGGUGGAAAGUACACAACUCAACAACGAGUCCCAGUGAGGCCAGCCUCUGGCCUGACGGCAGAGAAAUCAACCCAACCUAACGUGUUGCCAGUGUCAAGGAUGCUCCAGGUCCUCGCAGGACCCUGGCACUUCCCACCUGGUUAGAUUUUGCUCGACAAAGCCUCUCUUGCAUUCUCUAAAGCAUCCACGGGCUUCACAUUUCCUCCAGAGGCCUCCCAGGAAGAAUGCUUGAUGGUGUCUCCCUGCUGGCAGAGAUGAGUCCCGGGAGCUGGUGGCCUGCAGCAGUUCGUAAUGUGGGGUGACGUGACGGGUGGGGGAACCCCCGUGAGGGCCUCGAAAAGCUCAGAGAAAGGAAGCACUAUUCACAAAGACACUCCCCCCAACCGUAGCCUGCUGAACCGCAAACGCCCAGCCAUCCUGAGAGCCCACAGCUUUGCCAAGGACUUCCCUGUCGGGUGUGGUCCCACUUGGGCUCCAUAAAGUGGAAAGUCAUCGUGGUGGCCACGUCAAGAUGAAGGCGGGCGAGUUUGGGGAAGUUCCUGCCUCUUCAGGCUGAGCUGCCCCACGUGGUGUUUGCCAGGCAGGUGCCAGGCGGGCCUCCACACUCCUUGGGCACCUGCCAGGGUGUGGCCGUCCUGUAGCAGAGCAGGCAGAAACCAGGGGACUUUUACACCAUCUGUUGGAGUUGCCUUUGCUCUUUUCCAACUUAAAUCAAGCCCAGUGUCGACGAUGCCCAGGGCAGGUGGUGUUGCACCGUGGGAGCCUGCGCUGGGCAGACUGCCCCAGGUUGCCCAGGUUCGCCUGAUGCCAGAGGAGAGACAGACCCAGAUGAUGGGGGCGGGGGCAUCCCCUUCUCCUGUCUUUUGGCACAGCCGGGAGCAACAGGCCAAUGUCCGCCACCAACCCAAGGCUGCAGCUUGCUAAGGGGGCCAUGUCCCCGCCAGUGGCUCCUUGCCCCCACCCUGUGAUUGCCGGGGGCUCCCCCUCUCCCACCUAGCUGGCCAUGCAGCCUGCCGUCUGGCUGCGAGGCAGUGACAGCUCGGACGCCCCCCGCUGUCCCUCUGCCUCCACCCUUCCCGCAAUAAACCCGAUUUUAUACCUCGCCGUGUAGAGCUGCUGUGUGUCCACAUGCCCGCUGCAGCAGCAGAUGGCCACCAGAAGGCCACACACUCCACGCGUCCUUGUGCCUCGUGGUUGGAAGUGAUGGAUCUUGGUUGGGCAGAGGGAGGCCUCCACACCUGGGGCAGCGUUUGCUCACCUGGCCCAAGCGUCAGCUGGACCAGGCGCAGGUGGGAGUCUUCGGAAAGCUCAUGGAUGGGGUCUCCUGCUGGCUGUUCCCCCAGCCCUUGUGGAGCUGAAAGAAAGGCCUUGGACCUCUGCUGACUCAUCCCACGUCCUCCCUGACUUGUUUUCACAAGCUGGGCCAAGUUGGAAGUGGAAGUGGCCUCCCCAAACUAGGGCCACCUGGACCCCCUCCCCCCCAGACCCUGGCUACCUUCCCAGGCAGGUAACUGACCCAUUCCUUGACUGGACUGCCAGCUCCAUGGGGCCCUCGCCCACCAGCCUGGCCAGCGGCCAUGGAGAUGGCCCAGCAACAUGACCGGACGGCCCACCCCUGCUCCCAGGCAGGAGGCCCGUCGUGCUGCUGGCCUCACGCAGUGGACACUCGACACGGGGGCUACGUUUCGGGCAGCGCUCUUGCCCCGAGACAGUGAACUGCUCUCGGCCAAGGCCAAGGCCGAAGACACAGCCCUGGGGGAAGCAGAUACACCCCAAUCCAGGCCCACAGAUGAGCACGCUCAUGGGAGGCGGCCGCACCUGAAGUUCAGUGGACGGGCACAUCUGUGCCACCACCAGCUGGCUCUCUGCUCAGUCUCUCACGAAGGGGAGCCUCACAGAGCCCCGAGGUGCCAGGCCAGAAGCACUGAGUCCUAGCAGCCAGCAUCACCCCGGCCCCACAGGGUCACCGGUUCCCCCGCCUCUGCCUCUGCAGUGUGUCUGCCCUGCCCUCUGAUGGGGCCCAUCCACGCGCCCCCGUCUCUGCACCUGCUGUGACCUCAAAGGGCAGGUGGCUGGUCCGUGUUGCUCAGACUGAGGACUCCCCAGUGGACGUGAAUCUGGACGCUGCGGCCGCCUGGGGUGGCCCCAUAGCUACCCACCCCCAAGCCCCCUUCAUGUGGCCACUUCCUUCCCUGUUCUAGAGCCAGAGAGACAUCCCCCGCCCUGGCACCGUCACAGAGGAAAGCGUGCAGGAAGCUGGCCCCUGGCGGACAGCAGCAGCGGGAUGCGGCCCUGCCCUCCUUGCCUGUUUCCGCUUGGCUGCUCCUUCCUGCAAUAAACUUGCUUCGGUAUGUCUUCACCAUGUG